AUGAUGUUCAAAGAUCAAAUCAGGGCCAACAUCACCAUGCGUGCUGUAAUAUUUGCUCGGUUUGAGGAAGAGCUUCAAUCCAUUUUAACUGGCACCAAGAGUUCACAUAGUGAUAGGAGCAAUACGACUUAUUCGAGUUCAUCAAGUACUAUUAGUCAUUUGGACCUGCACAACACACCGAGUUAUAAAUCUUAUUUGGAUUCGCUUAGUACCGGACAUGAAUCUCUAUACCACCACCACGCACUGGCUACGGAGUCCAUUGAUGGUGUCCGGAGUAUUGCUAAAAGGAUGAGCUUGGAAGGAUAUCUCGGCCAGUGCAUUCACUUGUAUGCCAAUGCUCGGAAGUCUUUAAUGGAAAGAAGCUUUUGUCAGCUUGGCAUCGAAAAAAUAAGCGUUGGUGACGUUAGAGAAUUAGAUUGGGACACUGUGAAUGCAAAGUUCAUGGUGUUAGAGUGGAUAAAAGCAGCUGAGAUUUGUGUUCAUGUUCUUUUUGUCAAGGAAAAGCAACUGUGUGAGCAAAUCUUUCAAGAUUUUGGGAGUGCCUAUGUUGAUGCAUGUUUCUUGCAAGUAGUUAACGAUCAUGCAGUUAUUCUAUUCAGCUUUGCAGAAGCAGUAAGUGUUGAUCGUCGAUCACCAAAGAAGUUGUUCAUGGUUUUACACCUCUACACUGCACUAUCUUAUCUUUUGCCUGAUUUUAACAAUGUUUUCGAGUCAAAUUUCUUUUUGUCCAUUCGAAAUCAAGCAGCUGAGGCUGUGUCUCAACUUGCAGAGGCAGCAAGAGGGAUCGUGUUGAAAUUUGAAAAUGAUGUGCUUCAUGAUCAAUUAAAAGCUCCGGUUCCAAGAGGAGAUGUUCACUCCUUGACUAAAUAUGUAAUGUGUUGUAUGAACCGUAUGAUCCGUCUUCACAAGAAAACCCUAACUCAAUUGAUCAUAUCAAAGCCAUCAAUGCUGAUUCCUGAUAUGGAAGCCAUGGAACUUGAUCAGCAAACUCCAUUGGCACACCAUUUGAUUUGCAUCAUUGCACAUUUACAACUCAAUUUAGUGGUCAAGUCCAAGCACUAUGUAGACGAGUCCUUGGAUCAUUUGUUCAUGAUGAACAACAUUCACUACAUUGUUCAAGAAAUCAGUGGCUUUGCGGAAUUGAAAGAGAUGAUAGGAAACUAUUUUCUGGAGAAGUUGACGGAAAAAGUUCAAGAGGCCAAAAAUAACUAUCUGGAAUCCACUUGGGAUGGGGUCUUGUACCCUUUGGAGAGUGAGGCACUAAAUGUAAAUGAAGGUUUGUAUCUUUGUUUUAGAGGGGCUACUUUGGAAGAUAGUUUAGAGAGAUUCUAUGCCAUGUUCGGAAGUGUUCAUCAGACUCAAGCAAAAUGGUUGGUUCCUAAUUUGCAACUCCGAGAAGAGCUUCAUCUAUCCAUAUUGAAAAGGUUGAUUCCAACUUAUGUAUUGUUUUUGUUUCGUUUGCGUGGUUUGCACAGAAAGCAUUCAAAUAAAUACAUUAGAUACGAGGUUGAGGAUCUAGACAAUGCAAUCUCGGAUUUUUUCAAGGGGCAUCUAGUAUCCAAGCAAUUAAGCAGACCUCUUUCGAAAUGGUCAUGUAAAGCUUUCAAGAAACACGUAUGUGAAUGA